AUGUCUGCCCUACCGAGGUCAAUUGCAUCGCGCGUCCUCGCCCCUGCCCUGCGGCCCUCUGCGACGAGGGCCAUGGCCCCGUCGUUCCGCACAUAUGCAACCAACGAGCCCACUCCCCACGGCCACAAGACGAGCUCUGAGGAUGCGCCCGCCGUCAAGCUCAACAGCGACUCGACCCAGAUCCGCGAAGAGUCCGCCUCCGAGGGCAUGAGGCACCGGCCAGACUACAAUGUCGCCAUCGACUACCGGACCUCCAACUUCUCCCCCGUCCCCAAGCGUGUCAUGGAUGGAAGCGAGCCCGGUGAGAGUGUCGCCGCUGCCGUCCUCUCCGGCGCUCCCACCGACCUCCAGGCGCGUACUGUCCGCAUUUACAAGCCCCCCAAGACAGCCACACAAUCCGGCGACUGGAACGCCUCACACUGGCUGAUGGACUGGGACGUUCUCCCCAAGGGCCACCGAUGGGAGAACCCGCUCAUGGGCUGGCAGUCGUCGGCCGACUUCAUGAACGGCCACCGGAUACAGUUCAAGUCCAAGGAGGAUGCCAUCAAGUUUGCUAACAAGCAGGGCUACGAGUACUUUGUCCAGGAGCCUAACAAGCGGAAGACCACUCCCAAGGCCUAUGCCAACUUGUUUACUCACCAGCCCAAGAAGCUCAAGAUCGUUCUCACCAAAUAA